GUUUCCUUCGUUAGCUCCACUUUCUUUUUAUCGAACCACCAACUCUGUUCCUCUCCACUAUCCUACUUUAUCAUUAGAAAGUACACCUGAAAGUAAAACGUUGCAUCUACUGCGUGCCACACCCUUUUCUGAAAUAUUUGGGUUUCAGGAGGAAUUUGAAGAGCAUGCUGAGAAGGCUAAGACAUUGCCGGAAAGUACUACCAAUGAGAACAAGCUUAUUCUUUAUGGUCUUUACAAGCAGGCCACUGUUGGCAAUGUCAACACAAGCCGUCCUGGUAUCUUCAACAUGAGGGACAGAGCAAAGUGGGACGCAUGGAAGGCUGUUGAAGGUAUGUGA